AUGGUGGUGGUCAAUUUUCUCUUUGUAUCCUUACAGAGUGAGAUAAUUCAGUUCUGGGGAUAUCCAGCAGAAGAAUAUGAGGUCCUUACAGAGGAUGGCUACUACUUGACCCUGAACAGGAUCCCAGGAAAUAGAAAAGGUUCCAAAUCACCUGUCCUCUUGGUGCAUUGUUUGGUUAUGGAAGGCAGUGUUUGGGUAGCAAACCUUCCACAUGAGAGCCUUGGCUUCAAAUUAGCGGAUGCUGGAUAUGAUGUGUGGAUUGCAAAUAACAGAGGAACUUCCUGGUCUAGAAGACACCAACACCUUUCAAUAGACCAAGAAGAAUUUUGGGAUUUCAGUUUUCAUGAAGUUGGAAUAUAUGACAUUUCUGCCACAAUAAACUUUAUUCUUCAGAAAAUGGACACAAGGACCAUCUAUUUUGUCUGCCAUUCACAAGGUUGUAGUAUAGCCUUUGUAGCAUUUUCAGUAAUACCUCAACUGGCUGAUAAGGUUAAGAUGCUUUUUGCCUUGGCCCCUGCAUAUACAUUUCAAGGAAGCAGAAGUAUUCUAAUGAAAAUCAUACAUUUGCCAGAGCCAUUGCUUAAGAAAGGUGGCUAA